AUGAGUGCUGUUUUUGAUAAUUUGGAUACUUUCAAAUCUGGAAUCCUAAAUGGGAUUAAGAAUAUGCUGUCAAGUGUAUUCCUACCAGCUAUUCUUGCAACAAAUAAUUGGGGUGCUCUAAACCAGUCCAAGCAAGGAGAAUCUGAAAAACACAUUUUCACGGAAACCAUCAACAGAUACCUUUCAUUUUUAGAUGGUGCUAGAGUAAGUAUCGAGGGAACAGUUAUGUUAAAGAAGGUAGACAAUAUCGAUUUUUCCAAACUGCAUACGUUUGAAGAAGUGACAGCUGCAGCUAGCAAUUCAGAAACUGUUCGUCAGCUAGAGGAGGUGCUGAUGACAUGGUAUAAACAGAUUGAACAGGUACUUAUUGAGAGUGAGCAGAUGAGAAAAGAAGCUGAUGACUCAGGUCCACUCACCGAAUUGGAACACUGGAAACGCAUGUCAGCCAAAUUCAAUUACAUCAUUGAACAGAUUAAAGGGCCAACUUGUAAGGCUGUCAUAAAUGUGCUUAAUGUUGCACACUCCAAACUGUUGAAGAAUUGGCGUGAUUUGGAUGCAAGAAUAACAGAUACAGCAAAUGAAUCAAAGGAUAAUGUCAGAUAUUUGUACACUCUAGAAAAAGUAUGUCAACCUUUAUAUAACUAUGACCUAGUUUCCAUGGCACAUGGAAUACAAAAUUUGAUUAAUGCCAUCAGAAUGAUUCACAGUGUGUCACGGUAUUAUAACACCUCAGAGAGAAUGACUUCAUUGUUCAUCAAGGUAACAAAUCAAAUGGUGACGGCAUGUAAAGCGUGUAUUACUGAUGGAGGAACCGUCCACGUAUGGGAUCAGGAAACACUGCUCGUAUUAAAGAAAAUUCAGGGAAUGAGGACUUAUGAAGGACACCUGGACCCUGUCCUGUUCUGCCCAGUUCCUAUAUGCCUAGGAGGACACGUGCACCAGACCACGAUUGCCAAUAAAAACUCCAGACCCCAAGCAAAGAUGACUCAUGCUCCUAUCCUUUCUGAGUCUGUAUCUGCUCUCUCUACAUCGUCAAUAAACUCUGCUCUCACCUUCUGCUGA